AUGCCGGAUGGAAGUCGACGGUCGUCAGGUUCGUCAUGCUGCAGCUCGGCGGGAAGCUGGGUGCCGGUACACGGCGAGAAGGAAGUUUCUUCUGGUGCGAGCCGCAGCUCUGCGGACGCAGCUGAGUCCAAAGUCUUCGCUCGGCAGGAAAUUGCGUCCGAAGGUGACGUCUUACUAGACGACUGUGACAGCAUUCCUGUGGAAGGGGCCACGAAGCUUACAGAAGAACAACAGCUGCAACAACGCAGGAACCAAGUCGCAUUAAUGAUUGAGAAUGAAAAAUAUUUGCAGCAUCACGCGGAACUUGCAGAGAUGCUCGCACUAUUCAUGACGAAGGUUCUAGAAGAGAGGCCACAAAAUGUCCUCAAAUUUGCAGGGGAGUUCUUCACUCAGAAUGGCCUCAAAGAGCUUGUUCAGUCACAGCUGGACGAAGAAGGAGUAUACUGUAAUCUUGCCAAAAAACUCGAAGAAGCAGGAACUAAAUGA